GACACUAAAAGGUGAGGAAGACAGCAGUUUUUUUAUUACGGCUCAAUGAAAACAAACGAGCAACAGCACCCAUGCGACUUUCUAAUCGCUUCAAAGUUGCUUGAGAAGCAACCGAAACUGAGUGUAACUCUGCUCGUGGAUUUCUUUUUUUGUUUACACGCGUUUGUUUACAUUCGGUCGCAGCUUUGUUUUGACUAUUUGUCCUGUAGUUGUAGAAAGUAGGGCCAUUUAUAAGGAGAUGGAUGAGUGAAGACGAUGUUUUCCAACCCUAACUUUGGAUUUACCGGUUCAAGAAGUGGCACGCAGAGCGACGGUGCUGCUGUUUCGCUCGGGAAUCCAUCCUCCUGAACCUGCUCCUGCCCUUCUGCCUGUUUCUUCUUCUUCUUUUUUAAAUCGUUUUGCUGAUCCAUGGAGUCUGUUGGGAGUUUUGAGUUCAACAGGAGAGACCUGAUUGGCCAUGGAGCCUUUGCAGUUGUUUUCAAAGGCAGACAUAAGGAGAAACGUGACUUGGAAGUCGCCAUAAAGUGCAUCAACAAGAAAAACCUGGCCAAAACACGCUCUCUCCUUGCAAAAGAGAUUAAAAUAUUAAAGGAACUGAAGCAUGAGAGAAUUGUCCGGCUGUUGGACUACCAGGAAAUGGGUGGAUGUGUGUAUCUCAUCAUGGAGUACUGCAAUGGCGGCGACCUGGCCGACUAUCUUCAGAUGAAGGGGACGUUGAGUGAGGACACGAUCCGAGUCUUCCUUCAGCAAAUUGCUCAGGCCAUGAAGGCUCUUCAGAGCAAAGGCAUCGUCCACAGAGACCUGAAACCCCAGAACAUCUUGCUUUGCCACCCGCAUGGACGCAGGUCCAGUUUCCAUAACACUAGUAUCAAGUUAGCGGAUUUUGGGUUUGCCCGUCACCUUCAGACAAACACCAUGGCAGCCACUCUGUGUGGCUCACCCAUGUACAUGGCUCCGGAGGUCAUCAUGUCCCAGAGCUAUGAUGCCAAAGCUGAUCUUUGGAGCAUAGGCACCAUUGUUUACCAGUGUCUGACUGGCAAGGCCCCGUUUCAAGCCAGAACACCACAGGAGCUCCGUCGCUUCUAUGAAUGCAACAGGACUCUCCUGCCACGGAUCCCCAAAGAGACUUCCAGCCACCUCAGACAGCUGCUCCUGAGCCUCCUUCAACGAAACCCCAAGGAUCGAAUCAGCUUCGAUGAGUUUUUCAACCAUCCUUUCUUGACAACAAGCCUGAGCUCAAAGAAAUCUGCUUCAACUCCCGUGGUGCUCUAUCCAGGUUCGGCUUCAGGUAGCUCCUCCAGUGGCUCCUCCACAUCCAACCAGGCCUCCCCUCAACAUUCCGAAGGAGAGCUGCAGUGCAUCCAGCCGACCGUAGUGGAGCCGGCCAGACAGGACACUCCUGAACUCAAAGCAAAGGCUGAUGAGCAGAGCAGCUCGUUUUGCACUGAGGAUUUUGUCAUGGUGCCAGCUCAAGUCCAAGGCGACUGCAAAGUCGAAGGAACUGGGUCACCUAUCGACAGUUGCAUGAUUUACAGCGGCUGCUCACCUGUGGUUGAGAAGCUUGCCGUCGGUGCUCGCAGGGUUCUGCCUCCCUCCCCAAGACUGCACUGUCCUGCUAAACUGGCCUGCAAACCAGCCGAGUUUGUAAUUCACAACCGCAGCAUCUCGCAGCCCAUUCCUGUCCCUACUCAGGUCCAAAACUACCGGCGCAUGGAGCAGAACCUGCAGCCUGCAGGCCUCCAUGGCUCCACCAGAGUCAGACUCUAUGGGACUGGCAGCAACAGCAGCGGGGAAAACUCGCCUCGAUGUGGAAGUGAUGGUGCUCGACGAUCGUCUCCUGUUGGGGGCACCACACCAAAGGCUUCACAGCAAAGUCUACCAUGCGAUACCAGGACCGGACAGAUCACGAGGCAUAAUGGCGCAGAGGUUUUUUCCAAGGCACAGUCCGGGAGGCUCAAUCGAACCAAGACGGUUCCAAACCUGCAGUCUCCAGACCUGACUCUUGCUGUCCAGGGUAUGGUGGGCAGGAGCCCUGGCAAUAAGAAGGGGGCUUUCAGAAGGUCUGUGAGCACUGGGAAGCUGUCGGAGAAGCUGCUCAAGGCUGCGUAUGGAGCUGCUUUUCUUCACUAUGGAAGUAAUGAGAGUCUAAAGCCCGAGCGGAGCAUGGAUACCACAGAUUCCCCUUCUCCUGCCGUCUUCACUGUCGGUUCUCAGAGUGGAGGAAACUCUUCUCCUGAUAGAAGGUGGCUCACUGGUUCGCCCACUUUCUUUAGUUCUGCGUGGCUUCUGAACAGAGGAAGUCCUAGAAACAGUGAAACAGACUCAAUGGAGGCUGCGCUGCACUGCAGCCUGGUCUUUCUUCCUCCAGAGCUUCCUGAAGAUACAGUGAUGGAGCAGGCGCAUUCAGACGCAUUGAGUGACCUUCAGUUCACUCUGGCGUUUGUCCAGUGCGUCAUGGAAGUGGCUUCCUCUAAAGACCCAGGGCAGGGGAAAAUCAGCAGCCCUGACGUUUCCUUCUUGGAACAAAGUUUGGUGACGGAUCAGAUCAGUCUCCUUAGCAGAGAGUGGAGCACGGCAGAGCAGUUGGUGUUGUACAUGAAAGCUGUGGAGUUUCUUUCUGAAGCUUUGGUUGCAGCCAAAGACGACAUCAAGCAAGGUCGUCUAAUCCCUUCCUCCACAGUCAAACAAGUGAUAAGGAAGCUGAACGAUUCAUACAAAAGCUGUGUGAUGAACUGCCGCUCGCUCACUGACCGGCUGCAGACUUUCUUCCUGGACAAACAGAAACUCAUGGAUCGCUUCAGUGGCCUCACAGCUGAGAAGCUCAUCUACACCCACACAGUGCACAUGGUACAAAGUGCGGCGUUAGAUGAGAUGUUUCAUUGCGGAUGGGCGUCUGUCCAGCGUUACAAUAAAGCCCUACUGCUGAUGGAAGGGCUUUCUCGCAUGGUCAUGGAUGACAGAGACGUUGAAGGCAUCGAGAAAUGCAAGCGUUGCAUCGAGCGACGCCUCGCUGCUCUUCAGGCUAUACAGAACCUGUGAGUCUCUCCUCGAUUGCACAGAAGGAGGAGGAGAACUGCAAACAAGCACUUUGAUCUUCAAGGGAAAGACCACUGGAGUCUCCGCUCCUGUCCCGACACCCAGUCUACUUGACACAGCUGCACAGAAAAGACUGGAGCGCCUGUUUUAGUUAUUGAGCCUUUUAAUUUACAUUUUGACAAGAAGGAAUGUGUCAGUAUUUAAUUUUGUUACAUGUUGCGUUGCGUUCAGAUACAUCUGAUCAUGUGGCAACUGACUUGUUUUACUUGAAGAUAGAAUUGUGUGGACUGAAUGGCUAAUUCUCCAUGUAUGUCAUGAUGUAGGAUGAUGGACAAAAUGUAGCCUGCAAGGUUCAAAUGACGAUGACAUGACCAAAUACUGCCGAUGUGUAGCAAGACUGGUGAAGCUGUGCCUGCUGUUUGUUUUGUUUUGAGUUUGAAAUUGAAAUACUUUGCCAUUAUCUUUGAUCAUUUUAACACAAACAAGACAUAAAAUGACUCGUGAAUGUUCUGAUGUAUGAAUGAAAAGAUCAUGAUGUCCUUUGGGAGUCAUUUCCUCAGGUAUGAGACACUUUAAGUGAUCAACAAUCACACAUUUGUUUGUUUUUUCCCUCAAAAAUGGAGGAGUACACGGCAGGCUUGUGUAUUUUUGGCCCUGUCUUAGAGAUGAUUGUAGUGAAUAUUUGCUAAGUUAAUGCGUCAAUCAUGAAUGUUUAAUGCCCACAACACCUUUUUUAACUGCACAUCUGUGUUGUUUGAUUGAGCUCAAGUAACUGCCUUGUCUAAAGUUUGUCUUCGCCAAACUGUUUUGCCAUAAUAUGUUUAAC